UUUAAGCGAACCACGAACAAGAGCGGAUCCGGGCAAAAGUACUUUUCACUUAUAUUCUGAAUAAAGAAGAAAUUUUCCUUUGUAAAAACACUUUCAUUUAUCAUUUAAAAAAAAGUAUCUUUUUAAAGUAGAUAACGCGAGAGUAUUGUAUUAUUUGCUAAUAGGAAAACGCUGCCUUAAUCGGAUCAAAAAAGAUAUUCUCGUUUUGCUCCCUGAGUGCGAAAGAAAAAAAAAAGAUACUGCGGUCAUAUUUUGGGGAGUUCUUUUUCGCUGAGUUCAUUGUGGAAGAAUUGGUUUUUCGCUGUUGUGUAAUUUGCGUUUUCGUUCGCCAUUUUUACGCUUUGUUGCCGCUAACUUUAAGAGUACUUGUAUAUUUUUCGCUUCAUAAUCUGUUUUCGGUGAUAAAAGAAAAAGUACAAUCCAAUAUUGGAAAAAAAGCAAGCUACCCACACCACCACCACCCAACUUCUGUCCACCACCCCAGCUCGAGUGCAAGUGUACCCGUAGUUUUACGAAAAUAAAAUUUUAUAACGAUUUAAAAAAAAAAAAAUAAAAAUAAAAAAUUCAUUAGUUUCGCCGUAGCACGCAUUUAGAACAGAUUUCGGAGAACGGAACAAGCCUUAGCAGACAUAAUUAAAGAUAAAUAUAUUCAGAUACUCACGCGAUUCGCAGAUCCCUUUCAGUUUUGUACAUAAGGCCUUGAAGAAAAUUUUGAAAAAAAAAAUCUGAAAUUCGGAAAAUCUGAAAAUCUGAGCAUUAAGGAUUAAAGAAACAACUAUAGAUCGUACUCUAGUGCUAAAAUUGCUGCCAUACCGACGUAAGAUUAACCAAAAAUUCUAGUUUUAUCAAAGGAUCCAACUGCAGUGUGUAACGAGCACCUUCGUCACGGUUUUAAGUGCGUGUGUUACUACUCUGAGCCGCAAACGGUACUCGUAUCUCAGAAAAUUACACACAAGUAACUAAAAAAGAUACAAAUUAAUGAAUCGCUUUCUCCAUUCUUCUCUCGCUUGACUAAAAAGUGCUUGCAAAAUUGUAAAUAUCAUAGAUUAUGCGUUUUAAGGAUAUAAUUUUUAAGUGAAAUUUUAAGGUGCUUUUUCUAAGAGAAAAUAUUAUUUAUUAUCGCAAAUUGUAAGGAAUGAGGGGCAUUUUCUUAGAGUGAAAAUUCCGCUAGUUGAAAUGCAACGUAUCCUGAAAAUGCGACUCGGUCGAAGGGCAUUCUAGAGGUGAACGUGUACUCGAAGGAAAGCUCUAAAAUCGAAGUGGAGCACUCAAGAAGGAUUCAUACCCGUGAAAGCUGUCAACUGAGUUGAGCCCUCAAACGUGGAAAAACAGGAAAUUACUUUAUGACCUCGAGCAAGUAGAGAAUACCAAAUUAGAGUAAAUUAACAAGUUUAAGUGCGGAGAGUUAUGACACGCGUACAUCCUGAUGUAACCCUCGUCUAACGGUCGCAGAAACCAAGUGAAUAUUAACCCGAGUAGCUAAGACACAAAUAAACAAAUCGACAAACAGUGGAUAAUUGCGUUCAAGUGGAAGCAGCUUUACCACCGUCGUCACCGUCGCCACCGCCAUCAGGACUAUUAAGGAUAAAGGACGUGUGCUGCUCUAGCAGGUAACCAUAGCAGUGGUGGAAAAGCAGCAGUAGCAACGACAGCAGGCCGAGCAACGUCAUCGGGCAGCGAACAAGGACGACAUCAACGGAUCGUGUCCUUUAGCGAACCGCACAUUCCCAUCGUUUGACCCGCCCGAAAAAUUUCGAUCGUUCGUCCUAUUCAACGAACUUGUGAUAGCCGGCGGGCGCCUAACAAAAAUGGCGCCUCGGAUAUAGUCCUAACUAUAUAGUGUAGUGGGCGACAUCCAUGUGCCUCAUGCCUUGGAAUACUAAGGCGCUCAUCGUUGGCCGUAUAGACAAUGACAGAAGACUCCGACUCGAUAUCUGAGGAAGAACGCAGCUUGUUCCGUCCCUUUACCCGCGAAUCAUUGCAAGCUAUUGAAGCACGUAUUGCCAUAGAGCGUGCUAAACAAAAAGAACUGGAAAGAAAGAGAGCUGAGGGAGAGGUGCCGCAAUAUGGCCGCAAGAAAAAGCAAAAAGAAAUCCGAUAUGAUGAUGAAGAUGAGGAUGAAGGACCACAACCGGAUCCUACACUUGAACAGGGUGUUCCCAUACCUGUUCGAUUGCAGGGCGGCUUCCCACCGGAAUUGGCCUCCACUCCUCUCGAGGAUAUUGACCCAUACUAUUCAAACGUACUGACAUUCGUAGUUGUUAGUAAAGGAAAAGAUAUUUUUCGGUUUUCUGCAUCAAAAGCAAUGUGGCUACUCGAUCCGUUCAACCCAAUACGUCGCGUAGCUAUUUAUAUUUUGGUACAUCCACUAUUUUCACUUUUUAUAAUUACAACGAUUCUCGUUAAUUGUAUUCUGAUGAUAAUGCCGACGACACCAACAGUCGAAUCUACUGAGGUGAUAUUCACCGGAAUCUACACAUUUGAAUCAGCUGUUAAAGUGAUGGCACGAGGUUUCAUUUUAUGCCCGUUUACGUAUCUUAGAGAUGCAUGGAAUUGGCUGGACUUCGUAGUAAUAGCUUUAGCCUAUGUAACGAUGGGUAUCGACUUGGGCAAUCUCGCUGCCUUAAGGACGUUCAGAGUGUUACGAGCACUUAAAACGGUCGCCAUCGUUCCAGGCUUGAAGACCAUCGUCGGCGCUGUCAUCGAAUCUGUAAAAAAUCUGCGAGAUGUGAUAAUUCUAACGAUGUUCUCGCUGUCUGUGUUCGCACUUAUGGGUUUGCAAAUUUAUAUGGGCGUUCUGACACAAAAGUGCAUUAAAAAAUUCCCAAUGGAUGGCUCGUGGGGCAAUCUAACCGAUGAGAACUGGAGCAACUUUAAUAAAAACGAAAGUAAUUGGUUCAUCUUGGAUGAUGGUGUUACGAUACCGCUUUGCGGGAACUCAUCAGGAGCUGGCCAAUGUAAGGAAGGCUACAUUUGCCUACAGGGUUUCGGUCCAAAUCCAAAUUACGGGUACACAAGCUUCGACACAUUCGGUUGGGCAUUUCUCUCCGCCUUUCGUCUUAUGACUCAGGACUAUUGGGAAAAUUUAUAUCAAUUAGUAUUAAGGUCAGCCGGUCCAUGGCAUAUGUUAUUUUUCAUUGUGAUCAUAUUUCUGGGCUCAUUCUAUUUGGUCAACUUGAUCUUGGCCAUUGUCGCCAUGUCGUACGAUGAGUUACAGAAAAAGGCUGAAGAAGAAGAGUUAGCCGAAGAGGAAGCGUUAAGGGAAGCCGAAGAGGCUGCAGCCGCAAAAGCCGCCAAACUGGAGGAACGUGCAAAUGCCGCUGCUGCUGCAGAAGCUGCUGCCGCCGCUGCGGAGGCUGCUGCCAACAAUCCAGACAAUAUGGCAAAAAGUCCUUCAGACUUUUCAUGUCACAGCUAUGAAUCAUUUGUAGGCGAAGAGAAGGGCAAUGAUGACAACAACAAGGAGAAAAUGUCGAUACGAAGCGAAGGAUUGGAGUCGGUGAGCGAAAUGCAAAGACCAACAGCACCCACAGCUUAUUCAGCCGCAUCUAAAGUACGCAAAGUCAGUACGGCUUCUUUAUCACUUCCUGGAUCGCCCUUUAACAUCCGACGGGGAUCACGCGGAUCACAUCAGUUUACGAUACGAAAUGGACGAGGCCGUUUCGGAAUACCAGGAAGCGAUCGGAAACCACUGGUAUUAUCGACAUAUCUUGAUGCACAAGAGCAUUUACCAUACGCCGAUGAUUCAAAUGCUGUUACGCCAAUGUCUGAGGAGAAUGGAGCCAUCAUUGUACCCGUUUAUUAUGGCAACCUAGGUAGAUCUCGACAUUCCUCAUAUACCUCGCAUCAGUCUAGAAUAUCAUAUACUUCUCAUGGAGAUCUUCUUGGCGGUAGUAUGACAAAAGAGAGUAAAUUACGUAAUCGUUCGUCACGUAAUCAAUCGAUAGCACCGUCAAAUGGAGCCAGCUAUGUAGAUACUAAUCAUAAGAGUCAUAGAGAAUAUGAGGUAUCAACAGACUGUACAGACGAGGCUGGCAAAAUAAAACAUCACGACAAUCCUUUCAUUGAGCCCGUCCAAGCACAAACUGUAGUCGACAUGAAAGAUGUCAUGGUCCUGAAUGAUAUUAUUGAGCAAGCUGGUCGACAGAGUCGCGCUAGCGAUCGCGGAGUUUCUGUCUACUAUUUUCCGACAGACGACGAUGAUGAAGAUGGUCCUACAUUUAAGGAUAAAGCAUUAGAGGCCUUAUUAAAAGGAAUCGACAUAUUCUGCGUCUGGGACUGCUGCUGGCCCUGGCUGAAAUUCCAAGAAUGGGUGGCAUUCUUAGUUUUCGAUCCAUUUGUUGAGCUUUUCAUUACGUUAUGUAUUGUUGUUAAUACACUUUUUAUGGCAUUGGAUCAUCACGAUAUGAAUAAGGAUAUGGAAAGAGCACUGAAAAGUGGUAACUAUUUCUUCACAGCAACAUUCGCCAUAGAAGCCACCCUCAAACUGAUAGCAAUGAGUCCCAAAUAUUAUUUUCAAGAAGGAUGGAAUAUUUUCGAUUUUAUUAUAGUAGCGCUAUCAUUGCUCGAACUUGGGCUUGAAGGAGUUCAAGGAUUAUCAGUUUUACGUUCAUUUCGUUUGCUUCGAGUGUUUAAAUUAGCUAAAUCCUGGCCAACAUUGAAUUUAUUAAUUUCUAUAAUGGGUCGGACAAUGGGCGCUUUGGGUAAUCUAACGUUUGUGUUAUGCAUUAUUAUCUUCAUAUUUGCUGUAAUGGGAAUGCAACUGUUCGGUAAAAAUUAUUUCGAUCAUGUGGAUCGAUUUCUGGACGGUGAUUUACCUCGUUGGAAUUUCACCGACUUUAUGCACUCAUUUAUGAUCGUUUUUCGUGUUUUAUGCGGAGAAUGGAUCGAAUCAAUGUGGGAUUGUAUGCUCGUAGGGGAUGUAUCAUGCAUUCCAUUCUUCCUAGCAACUGUAGUUAUUGGAAAUUUAGUCGUACUUAAUCUUUUCUUAGCUUUGCUCUUGUCAAAUUUCGGUUCAUCAAGUUUAUCAGCACCGGCAGCAGAUAAUGACACCAAUAAAAUAGCAGAGGCCUUUAAUCGAAUAUCGCGUUUUAUAAAUUGGAUAAAACGAAAUAUAGCGAAUGCAUUAAAAUACGUUCGUAAUAAAUUAACAAAUCAAAUCUCCGAUCAGCCACCAGGUGAGAGGGCCAACCACAUCAGUUGGAUAUGGAGCGAAGGCAAGGGGGUUUGUCGUUGUAUAUCUGCAGAACAUGGUGAUAAUGAGCUCGAGUUAGGACCCGACGAUAUCUUGGUCGAUGGACUGCUGAAAAAAGGCGUGAAAGAGCAGAAUCAACUUGAAGUGGCCAUCGGAGAUGGGAUGGAGUUCACCAUACAUGGCGAUUUGAAGAGUAAAUCAAAGAAGGGAAAACUAAUGAACAAUACCGCGAUGAUAGGCAAUUCAAUAAACCAUCAAGACAAUAGAUUGGAGCACGAACUAAAUCACAGAGGUUUGUCCUUACAGGACGAUGACACUGCCAGCAUAAAUUCAUAUGGAAGUCAUAAAAAUCGACCGUUCAAGGAUGAAAGUCAUAAAGGUAGUGCUGAAACAAUGGACGGUGAAGAAAAGCGUGAUGUUAGUAAAGAAGAUCUAGGACUUGAUGAAGAACUCGAUGAAGAAUGUGAAGGCGAAGAAGGACCACUCGACGAAGGAUUAGUUAUACAAGCCGAUGAUGUUGUAGAAGAUGAAUAUCCGGCUGACUGUUGCCCAGAUCCAUGCUAUAAAAAAUUUCCUGUAUUAGCUGGAGAUGAUGAUGCACCAUUCUGGCAGGGCUGGGCAAAUCUUCGACUGAAAACUUUUCAAUUAAUCGAGAACAAAUAUUUUGAAACUGCUGUUAUUACGAUGAUUUUACUUAGUAGUUUAGCUUUGGCGCUAGAAGACGUUCAUCUACCCCAACGACCAAUCCUGCAAGAUAUCCUUUAUUAUAUGGACAGAAUAUUUACGGUGAUAUUUUUCAUAGAAAUGUUAAUUAAGUGGCUUGCAUUGGGCUUCAAAGUUUAUUUUACAAACGCAUGGUGUUGGCUUGAUUUCAUCAUUGUAAUGGUGUCGCUAAUCAACUUCGUGGCUUCACUUUGUGGAGCUGGUGGUAUUCAAGCCUUCAAAACCAUGCGUACGCUUAGAGCACUGAGACCUUUGCGUGCCAUGUCCCGAAUGCAAGGCAUGAGGGUCGUCGUAAAUGCGUUGGUUCAAGCUAUACCGUCCAUCUUCAAUGUGCUAUUGGUGUGUCUAAUAUUUUGGCUUAUAUUUGCCAUCAUGGGUGUACAGCUUUUUGCUGGAAAAUAUUUCAAGUGCGUUGACUUGAAUAAGACCACCCUUAGUCAUGAAAUAAUUCCAAAUAAAAAUGCAUGUAUGAAUGAGAAUUACACAUGGGAGAAUUCACCAAUGAAUUUCGAUCAUGUCGGUAACGCAUAUCUGUGUUUGUUUCAAGUUGCUACAUUCAAAGGUUGGAUACAAAUUAUGAAUGAUGCUAUUGAUUCAAGAGAUGUGGAUAAACAACCUAUUCGCGAAACAAACAUUUACAUGUAUUUGUAUUUUGUAUUCUUUAUUAUUUUUGGAUCAUUUUUCACACUUAACCUAUUCAUUGGUGUGAUCAUCGAUAAUUUCAAUGAACAAAAGAAAAAAGCCGGUGGUUCACUAGAAAUGUUUAUGACAGAAGAUCAAAAGAAAUACUAUAAUGCUAUGAAGAAAAUGGGAUCGAAAAAACCGCUUAAAGCUAUCCCACGACCGAAGUGGCGACCGCAAGCAAUAGUUUUUGAAAUAGUUACAGAUAAAAAAUUCGAUAUGAUCAUUAUGUUAUUUAUUGGUUUCAAUAUGUUAACAAUGACAAUGGAUCACUAUCAACAAUCACAAACAUUUAGUGACGUUUUAGAUUAUCUUAAUAUGAUAUUCAUUGCGAUAUUUAGCUCCGAAUGCCUAAUGAAAAUAUUUGCAUUGCGUUAUCAUUAUUUCGUCGAGCCGUGGAAUUUAUUUGAUUUUGUAGUAGUCAUUUUAUCCAUCUUAGGUCUUGUGCUAAGCGAUAUCAUCGAAAAGUAUUUUGUAUCACCAACAUUACUUCGUGUAGUGCGUGUAGCUAAAGUAGGUCGUGUUUUGCGAUUGGUCAAAGGUGCAAAGGGUAUACGUACAUUACUAUUUGCGCUGGCCAUGUCCCUGCCCGCCUUAUUCAAUAUUUGUCUGCUUCUUUUCCUUGUGAUGUUUAUCUUUGCAAUAUUCGGCAUGUCGUUUUUCAUGCAUGUCAAGGACAAAAGCGGAUUAGAUGAUGUAUAUAAUUUUAAAACAUUUGGACAGAGUAUGAUAUUACUUUUCCAGAUGUCUACCUCAGCGGGCUGGGAUGGUGUGUUAGAUGGUAUAAUAAAUGAAGAAGAAUGUGAUCCACCGGACAAUGAUCGUGGGUAUCCAGGCAAUUGCGGCUCAGCCACUGUGGGCAUUACAUUUCUACUAUCAUAUCUAGUCAUAAGUUUUUUGAUAGUCAUUAAUAUGUAUAUUGCCGUCAUUCUCGAGAACUACAGUCAAGCUACAGAAGAUGUACAAGAAGGUCUUACAGACGAUGAUUAUGAUAUGUACUACGAGAUUUGGCAACAAUUCGAUCCAGAAGGCACACAGUACAUCCGUUACGAUCAACUGUCCGAAUUUUUAGAUGUAUUAGAACCUCCGUUACAAAUUCAUAAGCCGAAUAAAUAUAAAAUAAUUUCUAUGGAUAUACCUAUAUGUCGCGGUGACCUUAUGUAUUGCGUCGAUAUCUUAGAUGCGCUGACGAAGGACUUCUUCGCACGUAAAGGCAACCCUAUCGAGGAUACGGGUGAUGUCGGGGAAGUGGUAGCGCGACCGGAAACUGAAGGAUACGAGCCUGUCUCGUCAACACUAUGGCGUCAACGAGAGGAAUAUUGUGCCCGGCUCAUACAGAAUGCCUGGCGUAAACAUAAACAGCACAAAGAUGACGGACACGAAGGGACGGGGGACGACACUGACUUCGAUGGUGGUGGCGAAGGGCCAGACAAUAUGAAAGGCAGCGGUGGUCCAAAUAGUCCCGAAUGUAAUUCCCCUAAAGAGACAAAAAACGACACAGCUGACGGACCAUUGAGUCCGAGCAGUGCGGGUAGUGGGACGGACCAACAAGGCCGUCAAACCGCCGUUUUAGUAGAAAGUGAUGGCUUUGUGACAAAAAACGGUCAUAGAGUUGUAAUUCACUCAAGAUCUCCAAGUAUAACAUCACGAACGGCAGAUGUCUGAGGUAGGCCUCGCCCCCCUCUCCAGGAAGCACGACAGAAUUAAUGUAUGUAGAUGAUCUCCCUAAUUGAGAUUUUUUUUUUGGGGUUUUUUUUAUCAAAUUCCUUAUCAACUUCAUUCAUUUUUCAUUGAAAGUAAAAUCUUACUAUGAAGCCGAUGAAAGUAAUAAGCUCCGAUUUAUACGAAAUAAAAACAACUCUACGAUCUUCGAAAAGUCUCUUAAACGUGGAAUUAUAGUGUAAAAAUUGAACGUAGCCGAGACCAAGCAUACGAGUGAGGGGGUGUCAGCACCCUUGAACUGUGUCUCUUACAAAAAUCAAAGAAUUAGGAAAUUAUCCACCAUUGCAUUCACUACACCAUUGAUAAGCCUUUAAUUGAAAUUUUCCUAAAGUUAUUGACCCAAGAGAAUCCUUAUUACAAAGUUUUGCCCGAAAUCAGACCCAGGUGCAGGAUAAAAAAAAAUGUAUUGGUUCUGCUCCUUCCCAUCCGUUCUAACUAUGCUAUAAUUCCUUGUCGAUGAGUUUAUUAAAAAUUUAAAUAAUAAAUUAUGGAAGCCGACUGCCAUUAAUAAGAAAAAUUAAUAUCGAAAUUAUACUAACUUAAAAAAAAAAACAUUGAAAUAUUAUGUAAGAAAGGACAAUGUUUUCUGUUUUUUUAUCUAAAAUAUACAAACUAACGAUACUGGGUUUGGAUGUAAGGAAAGAUUAAAGAUAGAAAUCGGACACCAUCUGUAAGACAAGGAAACAUUCAAACAAAAGUGAAAAACUUGGAGCUGGGGCGCAUGUUCAUUUAACAACAGAAACAAUCUUAACAAUAAGUAAAAUCUUAAAAUCAACAACCAAAUGCAAACUAUAGUGAAAUUCAAGUGGUCUAUCUGAAGUGGUGAAAGAAAUUGUGUUUUCGUUUAUUCUGACCAAAGGAAAUGAAAAACUAAUAGAAUCAGCCGAAACCAAACGAUUGAAGUGGUUUGAUAUUAACAUUAAUCCAUGGAUAUUUUUCGAAAAGAUAAAGAUAAACUGAACGAACUGCGAAACAGUGAAAAGACAGUGACGAUAUGAAACUAAUUUAAAACCAAUCUAAGGCAUUCGCACGCGCUCUCACUUCUGAUGUUUUUGCUUCAGAUUAUAAAGUAAUGAGUAAAAAAGGACAAAGGGACAACAAUCUAGGUCAUUAUAAAAGCAAAUUAAACAAGGGCGAAACUUGUUAUAAGAUCUUAAGCUUAAAUGAAUAAAUACGAAAAAA